CUGUCUCAUGCUGUUCACAGAGCAGUUGACUGAAAAAGAUGCAGAACGCUGCCUUCGGUCUCUUGCAUGAGUUGGGGACGAGACGGUGCUCCGUGAGGAUCCAGCGAGCAAAAAUAAUAAGCAGAGGAGGACGUUUGCUCUGUACGGUAGCAACAUAGGAUGAGUCGGAGACGGAGCAGCAGGAGACUCACCGAAGACUACCAGGAAGCCAGGAAACCUCUGACGGACCAUUGCCAGGCGGCCAUCUUUCUCUGCUAACAAGGAUUGACGGCCAGGAUCGUCUGAUCAUCCUCCAUUUGGUGGGCGUGCAAGCAGGAGGACCGUCGUUCUGCUCCGCGAUCACCGAUCGACCGCUCUCCGUGGAGGUCAGCGGCGGCAGAGGCAACCAGACGACCCAGAGCCCGUCGACUUCUGUCGCUCACCUCGCACCUUGAACUACCACGGGUGUAGGAGUCGGAGGAAGGCUUCCAGCAGCAACGAAGAGGAUAUCUUUCCCACGCCUUCGUCGGAUCGGCUUACCUUUCUCCCCGAUUUGAUUAGCCUGAGUUUGCUUCAUCAAAGCUGCUCAACUCUUCCACAUUCAGAGAAUGGCCUUUGCUGCGUCAACUUACGGGGUUGAUUUAAUUAAUAUGCAUCCACAUGGUAUCCAGUUGUGUGAGAAGCAUCCAUUAGUACAUUUGAGCAAUUCAAAGAUCAGAAGAUUCGAGAGAAUGAUUAGAGCUGGAUCCCAAAUGACAAAUUCUAGACCAGUCGUUAAUAAACCAGAGAUUGAUUUUAGUGAUCCAGAUUGGAAAAGACACUUCCAGGAGGAUUUUGAUAAACGGUUCAAUUUACCACAUUUGAGAGAUAUUCUUGCCAUUAAGCCAAGGCCAACUACAUUCUCACUGAAGAGCAGAAUUCCUCUAGAUGACAGUGAUGGUGCAGCAGCAGGAAGUUGGAACGGCUAUGUGAAUGAUGAUGACCGAGCACUUCUGAAGGUUAUAAAGUUUGCUUCUUCAACUUCUGCUGGAGCAGAGUGCAUUGACCCUGACUGCAGCUGGGUGGAACAAUGGGUGCACCGUGCUGGACCACGUAAGCAAAUAUACUUCGAGCCAAGGGAGGUAAAAGCUGGAAUUGUUACUUGUGGAGGACUUUGUCCUGGUCUCAAUGAUGUCAUUAGACAGAUAGUGCUCACACUUGAGAAAUAUGGGGUAAAAAAUAUUGUUGGAAUCCCAUAUGGUUACCGUGGAUUUUCUGAUGAGGGCUUAUCCGAAGUACCGCUUUCACAUAAAGUGGUUCAGAAUAUUAACCUUGCUGGUGGAAGUUUCCUAGGAGUAUCUCGCGGAGGGCCUAGCACCAGUGAUGUAGUUGAUAGCAUUCAGGCCAAGAGAAUUGAUAUGCUUUUUGUACUGGGUGGUGAUGGGACACAUGCAGGGGCGCUUGCCAUACAUAACGAGUGUCGCAUGAGAAAACUGAAAGUAUCAGUAGUCUGUGUGCCAAAAACUAUUGAUAAUGACAUACUACUAAUGGACAAAACAUUUGGUUUUGAUACUGCUGUAGAAGAAGCUCAGAGAGUAAUCAAUUCUGCAUAUGUCGAGGCUCGCAGUGCAUACCAUGGUAUUGGAUUGGUCAAAUUGAUGGGAAGAAGCAGUGGGUUUAUAGCGAUGCAUGCAUCACUUUCUAGUGGUCAAAUUGACAUCUGUUUGAUUCCGGAGGUACCUUUUAAUCUAGAGGGGCCAAAUGGAGUCUUACAACAUCUCGAGCAUCUCAUAAAAACAAAAGGAAAUGCUGUAGUUUGUGUUGCUGAAGGAGCAGGACAAGAUUAUCUACAUAAAUCAAACACCACAGAUGCAUCAGGAAAUGUGGUGCUUAGUGAUAUUGGAGUUCACAUUCAGCAACAGAUCAAAAGACAUUUCAAGGAUAUAGGUGUUCCAGCAGAUGUGAAGUACAUCGAUCCAACUUAUAUGAUCCGGGCUUGCCGUGCUAAUGCAUCCGAUGCAAUUCUCUGCACUGUAUUAGGCCAGAAUGCUGUACACGGUGCAUUUGCUGGGUUCAGUGGCAUUACAACCGGUAUAUGCAACACACAUUAUGUCUACUUCCCGAUCACACAAGUAAUUGAAUCUACCAGGCACGUCGACUCAAACAGCAGGAUGUGGCACCGAUGCCUGACAUCGACUGGCCAACCUGACUUCAAUUAAAACUAUACGGGUGACACCGAAAGACAAUAAGGAUGCAAUUAGAAUUAUCUCAACCUUGCCUGCUGUCAAAUUUUGUGACUUCAAUGCGUGCCACAACUAUAUCCCAACUUGAUUUGGGGAACCAUAACCUCUGUUAGAUGGUGUUGGUCUCUUGUUUCAUUACGUCAAAGGGAAGUUAUCAUUGACCCUGCAGUUAUCCUGUUUAUGGUCUCGGAUGUGAUCUAAUGAAGGCAAAUGAUGCAUGAUGCAGAGACAUGCUAAUCCGUUUUUCUGAGAGUAUAUUUACGUAAAACUAAUUGUGUAUAUACCACGGGACUGGUGGCAGAGGCUGCGGAAGCUCCUUGUAUCUUCAAGAAUUCUCUUAUUUUGCUGGAAGCUCGUCUACCGUCGCCUCCCUGCUAUCAAGAGGCUUACGAAUAUUAGUGAUGGGAGUUGCAUGUUAUUUCGGUGAGGAAGGUCCUGACUCUGUGAAUCGUAUCUUUUCUCAAUGCAAUUUUUUUUCAAAAAUUGUUUGGAA